CCCGCCUGAAGCUUCGCGAAGGAGGCGGCGGUUGGAGAAGGUGAAGGAGAAGGAGCGGCGGCCGGGCUGAAGCUUCGUGAAGGCGGCGGCAGCGGCGGCGGUGAGGUGAGGUGAAGGACGAUCCGAGCGAUCGCCGCUCUCGAACUUUUUACUGACCGUGAAGAGGUGUCCAUGACCAAAGUUCCCAUGGCGGAAAACUACAGACCAUCACGCAAAGGCGCAAAGGAGAGGAUAAGUGCGGUGUCCAUUAAACUGGAGAAUCCACCAGAUGCUCGAUACGGCCAAUCGGAGAAAAAUCCCGCUGGUGUUGCUGAGAAGAAACAGAAGUCGAUACCACGCGGGUCGGAGAAAGAUUCUGGAUUUUCGGAUACCAGCUCGGAGUACCUGAGUUUGGUAGAACAGGUGGAGGCGGAGGAUCGGUCUGCCCCGGCGUCGUUGAGUUCUGCAGGGAGGUCGUCUACAGCACAAAGCUCGUUCCAAAACCUGACUCCUGUGUACUUUGUGGAAAAUGUCCUUGUGAAAGAGCCUGUGUCCGUCCCUGCAAGGAACCAGUUUGUGUGCGCUCAGCCGCAGCGCUGGGACAGCCAGAGGUCCCACGCUUCCCCACCAGGCCAGACCCGGGUGGUCUUCAUCCGACAAUCUCUGCCACCUUCCUUGAAAGUUCAGAAUGCGGAGGUGAAGUGCGGAUCGAGGAAGGACACCUAUCUCCCCAUCUUGAACUCCUACCCCCGGAUCGCCCCGCACCCAGUGAAAGACCGCCACCGUAAAGCGGGGCAGGAGCAGACGGAUCAGCAUACCGCCCCAGACAAUGCCACCGACCACAAGAGUAAACGGCUGUGCGUCGGCGAGACUGCAUCUCCGUCACCCCAGGGUGGGCAAACAGCGCCUGUAUCGCUGGCCGUGCAUUGCCAGGGCCCCUGGCAAGGAGAGAACUCUAAGCAGCAGCUGUGGUUGGGGGCAGCGAGCGUUGUGAGUCAGUUUGACAUGUCCGUCUGCCCGUCGCCAGUGCUGUCUCCCCAGUCGGAGUGCUGGGAGUCGUCCUCCACCUCCUCCUCGUCCUGCUGCUCCCUGUCGUCCUGCGCUCCCAGCACACAGCUGUCGGGCAGCGAGCCCCCCUCCCCCUCCUGCCUCUCCCGGCACCACCGCUUCCGCAACACCAUGGUGAUCCUCAACCGCUCCGGGCUGCUGGAGAUCACGCUGCGGACCAAGGAGCUGAUCCGCCAGUACGGCAGCACGCAGCGGCAGAUCAACGAGCUGAAGGAGCACGCGCGCAUGUUCUGCUGCGCCGUGCGGAGCAGCGACCCCCGAGACAUCCUCCGGCUACAGGAGGCCAUGAAGUGUUCUGGGGCAUACGGACCGGUGGCCAGAACGCCAUCCUCCUCCCCGCCCUCCUCUCUCUCUGCCACCUCCAGUCCCAGGUCGGGUGCCAGUCAAAGUGUCUCCGACCAUGCGUCACUACCUUAACCGGAGCCUCUUUGCUGAAUGGUCAUCGCUGGCAACAAACACUCUAAGAUGGGGGUGAAAACCCUCAGAUGGAUGUUAAAGCAUUGUCCAGAGUAGGGGCAAUCUGCCAGUAUUGCAGACACCGUUUCCCCCUCUCUCCACUGACCUUGCUGCCGUUUGUGGAACUUUUACACAUUGCAUGGUUACAAUAUGAGCUUAAUCUGAGUGAGACAUCUGCAACCAAGCUGAUGAACCACUGGAGAUAGAUGCUGAACCACUAGAAUCGAGGCAGGACUUCCAGCAAUACCUCUCCGACCAUUGUCAACGGCAAAUUAAUCUGUGGGAUCGUCCUGCCCCUUUGAACUGUGUGCGCGAGUGUCAGUAAUUUGUGGGACAUUGCCAUCGCAGAGUUUCCCUGGCGAUCAGGGGUCAGACCACUUCUGUGCAGGAACGUCUGCGGAGUUCGGCUGGAGUGUCAAAGAAGAAGCUGACAAUUGUUGAGAAGUCGAAGAUAGGCACAACAUGCUGGAGUAACUCAGCGGGACAGGCAGCAUCUCUGGAGAGAAGGGAUGGGUGAGACCUAUUCGGGCUGAGACCCUUCUUCAAACUUAAGAAACAUCUACCCAGAGAGGCUGCAAACAUCUGCCCAGAAAGCUAACAAAGGGUUUUGGAAACCUAUCCCUGCACUUUUUCUUCUUCUACUCCCAUUGCUACCCGACCCAAAGCACCAUUUUCUGCACCUUUUCCCACCUUCCAAUGUCAGAACUCACACAACCUCAAGUG